CUCCUAUCUACUCAUGGCCUCGUAACAAGAGGCCAAGGGUGUGCAUAUUGGGCGGUGGAUUUGGUGGUUUAUAUACUGCAUUAAGGCUAGAAUCUCUUGUAUGGCCUGACGACAAGAAACCUCAGGUAAGUUGAGAUUGAAUUUUGAUUAUUAUUUACUAUACAGACAAUGUCACGAAUAGCCACUGAACUAUAGUGAAAUGUUCAAUGUGAUACAUAAACUUUAAAAAUCUCUAAUGUGGUACAUGAACUAUGAAUCUAUUAAGUAAUGUGGUACAUUGGGGGCUGUUUACAGCCAUUGGAGCUAAACACGUUAGGAGUGAGUACCAUAUUAGUUAACAGAUUCAUAGUUCAAGUACCAUAUUGGAUAUUUCUAAAGUUUAAGUAUCAUAUUAAACAUUUCACUAUAGUUUAGGUCCUUUAUUAUGGUGUUUUUCAAAAUGACAUAGUCUGCAAUGUAUGAAUGAUAUGCUGGCCACUAUGAUUAGAUAUCUGAAAACUACUGUUUCUUUGACCGUUUUCUUCGUUAUGUUAUAUUUGAGUAUGCAUCCUUAAUUUGAUAAGUUGAGUUUGUAACAAAUCCUUGAAGGUUAUGACCUUGCAUGCUAGCAUUUAUUGCUUGCUCUUCCAUGACAUGCAUACAGCAUAGUUUACCCUGACUUAUCUGUUCAACCAUGUUGAACUUCAUCUUAGUUUAAUUUGGUUGUCUCAAGUGUGUAUUCUUUGGCAUAGCAGAUAUGACUUGUGAUGGGCUCUUCAAAGCACCUCUUAUUAAGACCUCUAGCUAUUAACAACAAACCAAGUAAAAGAAAGAAAGUUAUAUUCAAGAGAAAAAAAAAUUCCAUAUUCCUUUGAAAUCUUUUUCUAAGGAAAAUGUUAGGUGCAUCUCUCUCUCUCUCUCUCUCUCACACACACACACACACACACACACACACACACAACAGAAAGAAUCUUCUUUCUAAAGGGUAUGCAGAAGCGUAACAUUCUAAAUACUGCAUUAUUUGACAGCUGAGAAAGGGGAGAAUGUUAUCGUGUCAUAACUAAGGCAGGUAGAGGAUUAUGGACAUAAAACAAAGUAUGGAAUCCUUUCUACGUCGUUCUCCUUUGUUUUUAUAGACUACAGGAGUUAAGGAUAGCUGUUGAGCUCAAAAAUAACAGAAUUUUUAACUCAAAACUAAAUUUCUGUAAUUACAUUAACACGAAAACAUACCUGUCCAGCAACCAAUUUUUAAGAUUGUGAUAAAAUUGGUCAAGAGAAACAAAGAAAAGGUAACCAAAUUUAAGAGGGAUAUGUGUUGGGUACGGGCAUCCUUUUUAAACUCAUUAUCUUUUUUAAUAACAAAUGCUCUUAUCUAAAGCCUAAAACUCAUUAUUCAAGCAUUUUACAUUGCAUUCUAUUGAGAAAAUCAUAGUUUUUCUGGAGAGCUAACAAUGAGAUGAGAGAAUUACAGUUAGUUUCAAUUAAUUUUCUCCCCUAAUUUUCUAUAGGGGUUGUUGUUGCAUAUGGAAGACUACUGCCUAUCAUAUUACCAGUGGUUUGGCCAAAAUUAAACAAAUAUGAAGCAUUAAAUCCUGGAACAAAAAGUUCAAACUAGAGAUCGCUAAGAAGGUUAAAUAUUAGUGACAUGUUAAUAUCAAAACCGAAUACUGACUAAAAACCAAAUAACCUUGUUUAUUAACCUAAAAAAAGUUUGUGGAAAGCAAUUGGGAAAAUCUUACAUUCGAAGAAAUAGUAAGAUACCAAAUAACUAGUAGAUGCCAAAUCAACAUAGGAAGGGACAUUAUCUGAUUAAUUGAUUUAUAAAAAAGACAAUUAUGAUGAGUCAAAUGACUCUACACCUUUACUUUCUAUAUUGAGAAAAAAGAAGGCAUGUUUGGGUUAAUAGGCUGGAUAUUGGUCAUAUAAGCAUUACGCUUGAUAUUAUAGGGUAAAUGGAUUAUUAAUAACAUAAGGACCCUACCUAAACACACCUAUUUACCAACUCUAUUUUAAACUACCCUAAGCUUUUAAACCUUGAAAAUUCUGUCUUCAUUUUCCUUUGCUUUCUUCACCAUGUCUUCAAUGACUUCAGCCAAUUUAAUUGUCAUGUUGCUAUAAUUACUUUGAUCAGAAAAGAAACAUGGUUAAUUCUAAAAAUCGAACCAUGUUUUGGUCAAACAUUAAAUUACAAUUGUUGUCAAGGCAUGUUCCUAGGUUAGAAAAGCAUGCUCCAAGAAACUAUUUUUGUGCUAAAUUAUUUAUUGCCAUGAAGCAUAAAUCAUUCAACUCAUUUUAAAGUCUAAGAAUAGUGUAUUCCAUUAAAACACAUGAUACUCAAUGAAGAAUAUGACAUAAAUAUGCAUUAGCCCCAUCAGCAUCCAAAAGAAAAGAAAAUUAAAAUGAACAUUCAAAUGCAUACCAUAUGUUAAAAGCUGCUAAAUUAACAUUCCAGUUAAUGCGUAAGUCAAAAAAAGGCUAAGUUGGAUUAAAAAAAAUUAGAAAACAAAAUAAUUUUUUGCCCAGAUUAAUUGCAAAACAAUUCUAGAGGUAUUGAUACUUGUUUGGGCGGUAUUGCUACCACAAAGAGAAGUUUGUUCCAUUUUGUGCGUUUGCUUCAGUGGGGCAUCGGUGAUGUCUCUAUAGGGAUAACUACCAAACUAGAACUGAAAAUUGAAACUGGAAAAGAGUUUUAUCCAUGACGCAAAGGAAAAAGGUGCUUCUUAUUGAUCAGUCUGAACGAUUUGUUUUUAAGCCAAUGUUGUAUGAGCUUCUAUCUGGAGAAGUUGAUGCGUGGGAAAUUGCUCCUCGUUUUUCAGAGUUACUUGCAAACACUGGUGUUGAGUUUUUUCAAGACAGGGUAAAACUGUUACAUCCCUCUGACCAGUGGGGAACAAAUGGCCCUAAACAAUCAAGUUGCGGUGGGACUGUGCUACUUGAAAGCGGCCUUAUCAUUGAGUAUGACUGGUUGGUUCUUGCUUUGGGAGCUGAAACUAAACUUGAUAUUGUACCGGGUGCUUUAGAGUUUGCAUUGCCAUUCUCCACCCUAGAGGAUGCAUAUAAGGUUGACAAGAAGUUAAGAGCAUUGGAGCGGAGGAAGUUUGGUAAAGAUUCUCCUAUUCAUGUGGCUGUAGUUGGUUGUGGUUAUUCUGGAGUGGAGUUAGCUGCCACAGUGUCAGAGAGACUACAUGAUAGAGGAAUAGUACAAGCUAUUAACGUUGAAACCACAAUCUGUCCAAUUGCCCCAGCUGGAAAUAGGGAAGCUGCUUUAAAAGUUCUUUCAUCUAGGAAAGUUCAACUUCUCCUGGGUUAUUUUGUUCGCUGCAUACAGAGAGUAAGUGAUGUGGAAGCUUCAGCAGAUGCAACUGGUAUAAGAGAAAGCCAAGACGUUGCAGAAUGCAACUCUGAGAAAUAUGUUUUGUGUCUGCAACCUGCUGAAAAGGGAUUAAAAAGUCAAAUUCUGGAAGCAGAUUUGGUGUUAUGGACAGUUGGCUCCAAACCUCUUCUUCCUGAACUGGAACCCUGUGACAAACGCCAUGAACUUCCACUGAAUGCCAGGGGACAAGCAGAAACAGAUGAAACUCUCCGUGUUAAGGGCCAUCCCCGCAUAUUUGCACUUGGUGACUCUUCUGCUCUAAGGGACUCAACCGGACGGCUUCUGCCGGCCACAGCUCAGGUUGCUUUUCAGCAAGCGGACUUUGCUGGUUGGAAUCUAUGGGCUGCAAUUAAUCACCGUCCUUUGUUGCCAUUUAGAUUCCAGAAUCUAGGAGAGAUGAUGACCCUAGGGAGAAAUGAUGCUGCUGUUUCGCCAAGUUUCAUUGAGGGUCUAACCUUAGAGGGUCCUAUUGGCCAUGCUGCAAGGAAAAUAGCAUACUUGAUUAGAUUACCGACAGACGAGCACCGGUUUAAGGUGGGACUUAGCUGGUUCGCUAAAUCUGCCAUAGAUUCAGUAGCAUCGAUACAGAGCACUCUAACAAAGGUUCUUUCAGGCUCAUAGAUACUCUGUUAGAAAGCAAGAGUGAUGGGAUUGUUUGAAUUAAAAAGUUUUCCUUUAUGCCAAUGUAAUUUGCUUAUUAACACCACACCAUUUGGGUCUUGAAUACUACAAAUUUUUAUUAUAAAAUAAUA